AUGGGUUUGAACUCUUGUCAAGAGAAACUAAAACGAACCGCUGAAUCCACCGACACACAUCCACUCGAGUCCACGGAAAGUUCUGACCAUUUUGUGGCUGCUCACGGAAAGCCAUCAAUUGAAUCACGUCAUCUGGAAGAGUGUAUGGAAGGAGAAGAGCUGCUUGCGAGGCUCCGACCAGUACAAGAAGAGUUAAUGCAACGGAAUGCAUUCUGGAAAAAUGAGGAAGAAAGGACAAACCGUAUUUCGAAAGUUUUCUCGGCGAGUGUCAUCAGGAAGUUUGGCGAGAAGAAGAGCUUUGGUACGAAGAAAUUGAACUUGAUCACCGAAAUCAACGAGAAGAGAUUCAUAAUCAAUGAGGAGACGCAGGCAACUGGAGAUUUCAGAAGCGGAGAGCUGGAAUAG